AUGGAUAAGCGGCACGGCCCGCCGGUGGCUGCCGACCAGGACGACGAUGGCGGUCUGGCUGCCGCCCGCCUGCACGUCCAGGCAUUAACGGACAAUGGCCUCUCGCCCGAGGCUCUGCUGCGCGCGCUGCUCGAGAAGUGCGACAGCCAACAGGUGUCGGCCGCCUCGGGCGCCUGGCCAGCCUUUGCCAAUCCCGCCGCCCUCCCGCCCUCGACUCCGACUCCGACUUCGACCGCCGGCGAGCCGCCCAGCACGUUGCCGCCGAACCCGUCGCUUGUCGACCAGCAUGUGGCGGCUGCAUUCGAGAGUAUCGCCAGCCGUGGCAGACACUGUGCCCGGCUCUCAAUAUCGACCACCAAUUCCGCCUCAACCGCGAGGUCGCGUGCCAGCGUAAUGUCGUCGGCCACCUCCAUCAGCUCGACAUCGUCUCACGGAAGCGUGAACCGGUACUCGCACCUGCCCGGUACCCAGCAGUUCAACAGUCGCCCGUCGACCAGAGCCUACUGGUGCACAUCGUGUCCCCAGAAACUACAGCGAAAGUUCGACUGGAAGCGUCACGAAGAGGAGUUCCACGAGAGGUACAAGAAGUACCCCUGCCCCGACUGCAACCGCGUCUUCUGGGGCGCCAAUACAUUCAACCAGCAUCACAAGUCGCGCCACAGCUGCACCACGUGCCCCCACGCCGAAAAGGUAGUACGGUACUCUAAGCGCAAGCGCGCUUGGGGCUGCGGUUUCUGUGCUGCUUUUCUUCCCAGUCUCGAGCGUUACUUCGAUCACGUCGCCGUACACUACGAGUCUGGCAAGACCAAGGCGCAUUGGGACCAUGCCCUCGUCAUCUAUGGCCUGCUUCACCAACCAGUCGUCUACGAUGCCUGGAAGGCUCUCAAGGUUGCCAAGUACGGCCACCUGCCCCGCGAGCAGCAACCCAAGAUCAGCUGGGACCCACGCAACACAGGUCGAUCACAUGGAUUCCUCGAAAACGAGAACCCAGGCCAGCUCCAGGAUCUUCUCGAGUUCUUUGACCCGUCCCAGAGCAGCGCUCAGACCAUCGUCGAGCUCGCUUGGGAGCAGGCAAUUCACGUCACGCAGGCAACAUAUGACGGCCUGCUCGACGCCGCCAACGUCCGGAGGCCGUCACAGUACAUGGUUCCCGCAGCAUCCGCAGCACCCACCCCACCCCCACCUCAGCAGGAACAGCAACAACAACCACAACAAGAGCAGGCGCAACAGCCCCCUGACCUGGAGCAACAGCAGCAGCAACAAACUCCCUUGCUAAAACAGGAGGAAGACACACCCAUGACGGAGCCAAAAUGGUCACCCACUUCGACGACUUCAUCCCUCCAAAACGGCAUGGUUGUCCAAGCACCAACACCCCAGUCCAUCGAGCUGGAUUCCCACCCCAUCCCGCAGACCAUGGCCAUGGACAGGUCCCUCACGGCGCCUGCCUUUGACCAAACAUUCUACUCGCCUGUCCAGGUCGAGUACCCGAACGGAGCGCUCGGUACGCCCCCUGGUGGCCAGCCCGCACCCAUGGAGUUUGUGCCCUUUGACCAGGCCAUGGGAUUCGGCAGCGCCCCUCUCAUGUACAACGACUGGGGUAGCAUCGCCAGCACAAUGGUGGACGACCCGAUAGGGGCGCCAGGUCCUCGGGACCAGCAGCCGCCCCAGCAGCAGUUGCACGCCCAACGGCAGCUGCAGGCGCAACAGCUCCAGGUCCAGCAAAUGCAAGCGCAACAGAUGCAGGCGCGGCCUCAGUUACAACAGAUGCAGCACCAGCAAGCCCACCCACAACACCAGGCCCAAGCCUUCUGGUCCACCGGCCUCUACCCUUCUCACCCGUGA